UUCGACUUAAAAAAACACUAUUGCAUAAAAUUCUGAAUAUUUGUAUUUUAAUUUGUCAAAUUUUUAUUUAGUUACUUAUGAAUUAUAUAAUAUAAAAAAUUUCUUUGUAGAUUCCAGCCAAUCUAAUAAUAUAAUAAAGUUUCAACUUGUUCAUAUAUCAUCACGACUCUGGGAAUUAAAUUGUUAUGUUUUGAUUUCAAUCGUAUCUUCGGAAGUUUGGAGGUCGCCAACAGCUCGACAUUUCGUGAAACAAAUUACGAUGUUCUCUUAUCAUCGCACACAAAAAGUACUACAAAUUUCGCGAUUCGUGCAUGGUUUUGCUAGUAACACAACACCAGAACUGUUACGAUCGGUGUCCUAUGACAGCAAGCCAGUUGCAGACUUGAGACUACUGAAUGAACGGUUACCUCCAUUCGCUAAAUUCAGCGGCUGCAACAACCGGCGAAACUACUCAAGUGUCAGCCAAGAUGACAUCCCACCGAAUAAACCACGCAGCUUACCAAAGUUGAUGGACUUCCCGGAAUUAGUGUGGCCUUCAGUGGUAAAAUCGGUCAAGAACUGGAUCAUGGUGCACUUCAUUAUCAGACCCUACUUUGACCGGGACUUCAAUCUUCCGGAUUUCAUUCGUGGUGCCAAACAGGCGUUGCAAAUUGUCUCUGCUUCAUUGGCGGGUGGAGAACUUAAAAAUCUGGAAGGCUUGGUUGAACGACCAGUUAUAAAUGAUUUGAAAAGUUCGGUUGGCAAAAUGUCCGUUGCACAGCGUUAUGAUCUGAUGGUGGACAAAGAGGACAUCUACUUUUCAUUUCCCUACCAGGUAGGCGUUAUGUUUGACGAGGAAGAUCAGGAUAGCCAGAAACGGUUUGUUGAGAUAACAAUGGUGUUUCACGUGCUUAAAGGUUUAAAAGGAAUGGUUGAAAGAGGUGAACCGAUUCCGCUCAACAUUGGUGUAAUGCCUGAAUUCCGAGACAAAAUUAGUAUCUGCAACUAUCGGUUUAUCAAGGAAUUUACGAAAGGUGUUGAUUCAGACUGGACAGUGAACGUGGUUAAUCACUUUAAACCAAGCGAUUUUGUGGAUGAAUAACAACCCACCAGCGCCGAUUGGUGAUGUAAACCGAUGUUGAUCGCUAGUGUGUGCUACCGUGUAUAUUAUGCAAAUAAAAAAUCGAAACUAUUAAAAG